CUGCUGCUCCUUUGAUGACUACAAACUGACCACUGAGUGGCUGCUGCACCAGACAAAUCACCGUCCAAAGGUGGCAGUGAUCUGUGGAUCAGGACUCGGACUGCUGGCUGAUGGAGCCACCAACAAACAGACCUUCAGGUAUCAGGACAUUCCCAAUUUCCCUGUCAGCACAGUUCCAGGUCACGAAGGCUGUUUGGUGUUUGGAACAAUUGAGGGCACUCCCUGUGUCUUCAUGAAGGGUCACUUCCAUCUGUAUGAAGGCUACUCACUCUGUCAGGUGACCCUUCCUGUAAGAAUCUUUAAACUGAUGGGUGUUGAAUCAGUGCUGGUGACAAAUGCUUCUGGAGGAAUUUGUCCAGACUUUAAAGUUGGAGACAUCAUGAUCAUUAAAGACCACAUCAACCUGCCAGGAUUUGCUGGACAGCACCCACUGUGUGGACCCAAUGAUGAGCGAUUUGGGAUCAGGUUUCCUUGCAUGUCAGAUGCCUAUAGCAAAGAACUGAGGAGUCUGGCCCUAGGUGUGGGCUCUGAGCUUGGCUGCAGACACUUUCUUAGAACCGGAGUUUACUGCAUGGUGAGUGGACCAAACUUUGAGACCAUUGCUGAGGCCCGGCUGCUGCUGACAUUGGGCUGCGACUCUGUAGGUAUGAGCAUGGUUCCUGAGGUGACUGUGGCCAAGCAUUGUGGACUCAGAGUUCUUGGUCUGACCCUCAUCACUAACAAGGUGUCUCUGGACUACAACCAUGAGGAGAAGGUUAACCAUGAUGAGGUUCUGGAGAUCUGCAAGAUGAGGGCAGAGCUUCUACAGAAACUCGUCACAAAGCUGAUUGGUCGCUGCCAGCAGCAAAGCAUCAACAGCAUCAACAACUAAGAUCCCCUGAGACUCACUUGGGUCUUACCUGAGACUUAGAAAGUUGCUCAUCUGCCUUUUCUUUACCCAAUAAAACCAAGAUCUGAAAGUU